AUGACUAGUGACCUGGUCGAUCAACUACCGCCUCAGCUGGCGGCUAAUGUGAAGGCUCUAAUGGAUUCUUAUCCACCCGCUACAGAUGUCCUAAUGGCUGUCCUUCAGCACUAUGCUUCGACUGUAUCACCAUCUUCUAGUAAUCCAUCCACUACUACAACUGGAAAAUCAGGAGACCAUCCAUCACCCUCAGCCAUGUCCGGACGUGCAUCAACACAACUGCAAUCACUAUCUAGCCAACUCGGCUCACCCAUUCUCAUCCUACACGAUCUAUCCAUAUCAUCUCCAAUCCGAAAAAAACUACAUUUAUGUAUCUACUCUACUCACAUCAUUCUCACCUCUUUGCUUUUAUCCACUCAAUCAUCAGACUCUGAGACUCCUUCAUAUGCUGCCAUAUUUCCUAUCCAUCAAUUAAAGCGCAUCAUCUGUCUGCCUACACCUGAAAGAACAAAACCUCAUUACACAUUUAUGUUUUUGUUUGAUGACGGAUCAGAGACGCAGCAACUUUUUCCAAACUGUAUUGCAUUGGGUGUGGAUGAAAAAACAACAGUAAAGAUAACACGGCACGAGAGUGAACCAGAGACUCUAUCCAUAUCCAAUUGCAAAAGUGUGUUGUGUAAAGAAAUCCUUGAUGCAAUGUCACAAAGUAGUGGUUUAACUACCGACUAUGCAAACUCAAUCGAUGAACCCACCCCACAGGUGUUUAAAUCAAACGAAUCUAAAGCAGGGCGUACAGACGUUUACUCUGUUGCAUGCCACAUUCGAGCCAAAAGCGGUUUUUUGUACUUUCUUGAAUCUGGAAUUUUGUUUGGGUUUAAAAAACCUAUCAUCUACCUUGAUGUUGCACACAUACUACGCUGCGAUAUGUCAGGAAGAACGGGUAGAACAUUCGACUUGACUGUGCGCACACUUAAUCCCAUUGAUCCAGAGCUUCCUGCCACAGUCACAUCGUUUGAAAUGAUUGACAAUGCCGAAGCCAUAGGUGUUUCCACGUAUAUGGAUUACGUUCAUCAACGCGUAAAGAAAUUAAACCGUAGUGGUGUAAAAGUUUCCAAAGGCAAGAUUGAAAUGAAUGCAAACAGUCUAGGUACAAACGUGUCGGCUAUGGAUGAAGAUGAAGAUGGCGAUUUCAUGGAUGAUGGUCAUGCGGGUGAUUUGGAUUUGGCAGAAGAGUUUGACUCGGAACAUGAGACAGAUUCCGAAAAGUCGUCGAUUAGUGUUGGGUCAAAAAGCGAUCAAGACGACGAAAAUGGAUCUGAUGAGAAUGAAUCUGACGAGGACAGAUCCUCAAACAGUGAUAAUGAAACUCAAGAAGCCGAGGACAUUGAUCUUGAGCAAGCCGAAAUCAAUGAUAUAUCACCCAGCUCAAUUCGAUUAUCUAAGCGAAAAGCUGGUGAUGAAUUUAUAAUGGAUGAUGAUCCAGAUAUCAGUCAAGACGAGAUAGCCUUGCCAUCAUCACGGUCGCCCAUCAAAACCACAUCAAUUUUAAAGCAGCAAAUGAAAGGAUCAAACCUGAGUGAUAAUCUAGGACACAAGCGUGCUCGUGGUGUAUCGAAUAUGACUGCUCAAUUACAGGUCAUUGAGAAUGAGCGUGUUGGCCGAUUAAAACAUGCUUACAAUGAGCAAGAAUCAAAUACCAAACCAUUAGCGGUUUCUGGCGAAGUUGAUUUAGCAGAUACGGACGGUGAUGAAGAAGAAGAAGACGAUGAAGAAGACGAUGACGAGGACGUGAAUGAUAUCAUUGAUGACGAUGAGAUUGAUCCUGAUAUUGAAGAUGCGGAAAUGGAACAGGAGAUUGAGUCGGAUGCUAUAGAUGACGACGAGGAGGAUGACGAGGGGGCAGGUGACGAUGAUGAUGAGGAUAUUGACAUGUUGAAACAGGAUGGGCUGGAACUGUUGGAACCCUCUGCUCAAUCAACACAUCCUGCUGAAAUCGAAGAUACAAGUGUUGCAUUAGAUGUGUCUAUUGGUGAUUGUGAUAUUUUGACCGUGGCUGCUGGUGAGAGUGCUGGUGAAACCAAUAUUCAGCUGGAUGAUUUACUGGGAUAA